AUGGAUGAUAAACGAGGGGAUAUCAGCAAAGAAACGAUGAAAGUGAAGGAAAACGAUGUACUGGACAAUGGAGAACAUGAAAUACAGAACCUUUUUGAACGUGUUCAAUUAUUUAUACAAACGUCAGCAGUCGUCAAUCUACUCCACAAAGCCAUAGAAAUGAUUAAUUCAUUGCGUUUUGUUAGUCAAACGAUUCAGCCGGUGAAGAAAGAACAUAAAUCUACCCAGACGGAGAAUGUAACUCAAGAGAUAAUAUCGACUGCGAAGUCAAUGCGUGAAGAUGAAGACGAAACAGCAGAAGACUUCUUCUCUGACUAUCUUCGUAACCGAGAGCUGUACAAGGCAUUGUGGAAGUAA